AUGAACAAGAAACGCAAGACAUGGCAUGCAGUCGCACACUGGUGCGGAGAUCCAUCUUCUCGACUCCUUGGAGACCUUGUCAAUUGCAGAUGUGGAGUUCGACACUCUUUGCUUUUUGCUGUUCCUUGUCAUCCAUCAUCCUGCGGACAGGCGUGCAAGCGAACAAGCAAGCAAGCAAGCAAGCGAGAUUUCACUCCACCGGGAAACAAGCAAUACAAUACCUGA